AUGGGUGUGCAACAGAUGCCUAUGGCACCGAUGUACAGAGGAAGCACGAAGCGCGAGCGUUGUGAGUUCAUGGACGAAUAUCUCGCCUAUUCGCGGCGAGUUCAAGUCCUCAACAGCGGCAUGGGCGGCACGCUGUUUUUGAUGCCGCUGGCGGCGUGCAUCGACCAAAAGAUUGUGCCACGUGUGUGCGCACACGACUUUGGAAAGCCGUUCGAAGAAUUCACCGAGAACGACUGGCGCGACUACUUACUGUCUGCACGCGAGGUGCAGGAGUUGGGCCUAGACGCGGUGUCCAAAGCGAUGACGUCGCUGAAGAUGGACACGAAGAUCCGAAACGCCGAGUCUCGGGUGGGAAGACUGCUGGCCGACUUCUACGAGAAGUUGGAACAACUGGACGUUGCGCACUUGCACGAGCAAGAGCCAAAGCAGUCGGUCAAGAUAUUGACCGCUGCGAUUCGACCGCCGCAUCUGAAGGCGACUGUCGAGCGACAGUUAAUGCGCGAGACGAUAAAGGCGUUGAAGUCCGACGUGCGUGCGUUCUGUACGUGGCUUGUGACGUUGUUGGACACUUUCAUGCUGUUCGAGUCGCAACUCAUAUCGGUGGAGAAGAAAGCGGAGUCAAAUCCGCCUCGCCAGUAUGGCGACAAGACACGGCGACACGCGCCGUCGAAGAGACCCGACGACAGGGCGACGACCAAGACGGCGGCCCCGGCUGUGCCAGCCAAGGGCUGUUUGAAGUGCGGCAGCGUGGAACACAAGCCGGGCGAGGCGCAACGGUUGCUGGAACAGCGGUUCAAGAAAUCGCAUGGCGCUGCGGUGGCAGCGCCGGACAAGAAGGACGAGACCAAGCGCAAGGUUAUGGGUGCGGCCGUGGAAGUCGACGAAAAAAUUGCUACGUCGAUGAAGACCGUGGUGGCCGUGCCUUUACCUCCGCCGACCCAAGCGGAGAUGGACGAGCUACGGAUGCAGAGCGUGGAGCGCGCUGCUGCGACCUCGAGUCAUUUCAACCAGAUGACUUACGAACAGCUGGCGCAGUUCCAUGCGCAGCAAAGUGCCAUGGCGCAAAGUCUGGAAGAAGAAACGGCCAGACAACUAGCCAUGGCAGCGGCGAUGGAGAAGAAUCGCCAGGAACAAGAUGAGUGGCGAGCGGUUCUAUGGCGACAGCAAGAGGAGUUGGUGCACCAGCACGAGGAGCUAAAGAGAGCGAUGACUGAGCAAGCCAGAGUCUCAGAAGCGCACCAAGAUAUGCUCCGACAAGCAUCGGAUGUGAUGCGCCAGCAACGCUACAAGGUAGAAGAGCUGAACCAAAAGGUUCGCCGUGACAACGAGCGAUGGGGUCUAUUCGCUGAAGCAGCGAGUCAACGAUCGGCACAAGCGGCUCAGGCGAAGGCGCCUGUUUUAUCGCGUGCCGAAAACCUCAUGGGUGUGCAACAGGUGCCUAUGGCACCGGUGUACAGAGCAAGCACGAAGCACGAGCGUCGUGAUUUCAUGGACGAAUAUCUCGCCUAUUCGCGGCGAGUUCAAGUCCUCAACAGCGGCAUGGGCGGCACGCUGUAUUUGACGCCGCUGGCGGCGUGCAUCGACCAAAAGACUGUGUCACGUGUGUUCGCACACUACUUUGGAAAGUCGUUCGAAGAAUUUACCGAGAACGACUGGCGCGACUACUUCCUGUCUGCACGCGAUGUGCAGGAGUUGGACCUAGAUGCGGUGUCCAAAGCGAUGACGUCGCUGAAGAUGGUCACGAAGAUCCGAAUCGCCGAGUAUCGGGUGGGAAGACUGCUGGCCGACUUCUACGAGAAGUUGGAACAACUGGACGUUGCGCACUUGCCCGAGCAAGAGCCAAAGCAGUCGGUCUAG